CAGGCCAGAACUAUGUACUCGUUGGGGGGGAAAAGGGUGCAAAACAACAGCAGGCUUUCCAACAAACCUGAUACUGCCUAGUUGGUUCGUAGCACUGCGACAUCACAAACGUCUUCGCUGUCAAAGUCAACCAACACGUGCAGGAUCAGUGGACAUUGAAAAGGCUCAUUAUGGAAGGCACCAAAGGACACAUUUUGCGGCUAAUGGUAAUGGGCGUUUUGCUGGGCACAGCCGUCGGAUACAGAGCCAUCCAGACACCAGACUAUGAUGACACCACCACACCCGAGAUCCUGAACCCUUCCUGGAUGGCAACUAUCCCUGAUUUCUUCUCUCUAUCUGAUGUGACGAUGCCCGGCACCCACAACACCAUGGCUCUAUACGGCGGGUCACUGGCCGAGUGUAACUCCUGGUCGCUCGCCCUCCAGCUUAGAGCAGGUGUGCGCUUUCUAGAUAUCCGUGUUCGGCAUGCCAGAGGCAACCUGACCAUCCAUCACGGCAUCUCAUACCAGUAUGCUCACUUUGGAGAUGUGUUAAAGGACAUAGUGGCUUUCCUUAAGGAAUAUCCUUCAGAAACUGUGUUGAUGAGGUUGAGAGAGGAGUUGAGCGACACACGGGAUAUCUAUGGGGCUGUAGUGCGCUAUAUUAAUGAGUAUGCACACUGGGAUCUGCUGUGGCACAGUCGGGAGAUGCCCAUUAUGGGGGAGGCUCGAGGAAAGCUGAUCGUCCUGCAGGAUUUUCCUGGUCCUGACAUGGGCCUUCGCUACAACUCACUGGACAUUGCGGAUGACUGGAAGGUGUCCUCUCUGCAGCCGGAGGAAGUGGAGAAGAAAUGGAGAAGCGUCUCCACUCAUCUGGAGGCGGCUGCGGUCGCUAACAAAAACCUCAUGUUCCUCACCUACAGCAGUGGUGCCAGUAUUCUCGCACAUCCCAACUCCCUGGCCCGCCGAAUAAACCCUCGCCUCUACGAAUAUCUGACGGCCUACUCCGGUCAAACGAAGAGGUUUGGUAUUGUAGCGAUGGACUUCCCUGGUGCCAAGUUAGUACAAACUAUUAUAGGCUUCAAUUAUUGAGAAACAACGGCAGGACGUCAGAACUAAUAUGUUUGGGACUCACCAAAAUACUUCAUUAAUUGACACAAAUCCCAGUUAUAUCUGCGACUUAAAUUACCCCUAACCUUGAAAUUUCCAUAACUGUGACAGGAAAAGUUUGAGCUUGCUGGCAAAUGUGGGGAAAAUCUGACUUAAUAAAGCAAAGUGACAAAUUUCUGUCAUAACACCACGUUGUUAAGAAAUCUGAAAUAAAACGCUCUCCUGUCA